GUGAGGACGCGUCGCUCCGGUGUGGCUGUGUUCGUGGAUCGGCCCUCUCGCUCUCACGGCUUUUCUGCGCGCUAGACAAACGCUCUUGAACGCCUGUUAAUGGAUAAUCGUGGUGUUUAUACGAUGAUCAGUUGAAUGAUAUAGUUCAAGAACAAGACAAUGCGAUUCUCAGCAGUCAUAGCGCUCCUCGUCCCUCUAUUAUGCUCCGACAUAGGCGCUUCAAUCGAGGAGAUGGACGAGGAGACCCAGCUGAUCAUGGGCAACGGCAUCCCCCCCGCCAUGGGCUACUCUGAGGGGCUGACCUAUGACCCCGAACAACCUUACUUCGACACUGAACACUCCAAGAACGUCACGGCGCUGCUCGGGAAGACGGCGGUGCUGAACUGCCGGGUGAAGAAUAUCGGAAACAAGACGGUAUCCUGGGUACGCCACCGCGACAUCCACCUCCUGACGGUGGGCAGAUUCACCUACACAUCCGACCAGCGGUUCUCUGCCCUUCACUCCGUCGGCUCAGAAGACUGGCUCCUGAAGAUACAUUACCUUCAGGAACGAGACGCGGGGAAGUACGAGUGCCAGAUCUCCACCACGCCGCCGAUGAGUCAUCUCAUACACCUGGCUGUUGUUGAACCCGAGACGGUGAUCGUGGGCGGCCCAGACGUCUACAUCAACACAGGCAGUCGACUCGCUCUCACCUGCAGCGUCAAGUACAGCCCGGAGCCUCCCGCCUUCAUCUUCUGGUAUCACGAUGACAAGCUGGUGAGUUACGACAGGACCCGCGGGGGCGUGGUAGUGUCAACCGAAAAGGGUCUGGUUACCACAUCGCGUCUCCUGGUGCAGUUCGCCGAGCCAAGGCACUCUGGCGUGUACACGUGCGCGCCUGCUAACUCGAAGCCCAAGAGUGUCAACGUUCAUGUCCUGGCUGGAGACAAGCCAGCGGCGAUCGUACAUGAAAAUAAUAGUGCUGAAGUCCUGGUCUCCACUCAACGUCUUCACAGCUACGUGUUCGUCGCUGGAGCUGCCCUUCUCCACGUCCUUGUGUUGUAAUGCCUCUGUUUCUUUUGGCUAUAGAUCUUUAUUUUCUUUCCUAUUUUUUUUUUCCUUUUUUAUUGUCGUCUCUUCUCCUCUCUCUUACUCUUUUUUCCUGUUUGUAUUCUUUGAUGAAAUCUUGAUAACUUUUUUUUUUAAUAUAAUUACUGUGGUAGUUUUCACUCCCCUCCCCUCCCCCCGGUAUUACCACGGGUGUUAAUGUAAGGGUGCCUCUAUAUAGGCGAUACGAGGGCCUGUAAGGGUGAUGGCACUGUGUGAUGGCACUCCGAGGCACUCUCUCGUGGUGCCUCUAAUGGACUUGUCACUGACCUUUAUCCUGAUAUUGUAUUAUUCUUAUCACAUAUUAUCAUAUGAACACGAAUUCAGUGGCGUGUGAGUGUACACGGCCAU